AGUCAACUUAACCCAAGCCUUCUGCCUUACUCGCUUAUCUCGUACGCUUCGAAGACCUGUGUAUAGUGUUCGGUCAUGGAACACCUAGAUGAGAUCAUCCUUUUGGCCGGAAGAUUCGCCCAAUUAAAUGGUAGGUGAUAUGUUUGAUUAUUUUCGCCAGGAAUUCUGAAGAAGAACGGUGAUUUGAUUUCCCCACUAUCUUGCACUUUAUUGCCAUCUCCGUUUCCUCUCCAAUCGUUGGAAUUCGCACGAUCCAUUCAGCAAGACUUCAACCUGCUGUUCCAUAAAGUCGCCGGAAGCCAUUCCUUUCUGGAAUCGCUUAUGACACAGUACAAAGCAGUUCACAUUGAUCAACCGUAUCGUUAAGUAUCAUAGAACACGAUGACUAUAUGCAACACCUUUGGGAUAUUUAUAACCGCGUCCGACAGCAAGAUCGAAUGCAGAGCAUCUUUCUGGGUCUCAAUCGUUCGGAUUACAUGCUUCAUCAGGAUCCAAAUAUAGAUCCACGGUUGAAGGAGUCCAUCGAUGAACGUCUCCGCCGAACCGACCGGUCUGCUCAGUUCCAUGCGAACGCCCACUAUGAUUGGCAAGGCUUAGUUCUCCGUCAAGUGGAAUUCAAUUUAAUGGCUUCUAGUUUUUGUGGGAUGUCACAGCGUGUUGUCCAGCAGCAUCGCCAAUGUCUUUCUCUCUGUGGCUUCUCUGAGGAAUCUUUGAUCCGAGUACCCGAAUGCAAUGCGGCUGACAACUUCGCCGAUGCUAUGGCAACUGCGGUCCAACUCUACCUGAAAGAAUGCGGACAGUCGUCAAGCGGAAAUUUAUCAGUUGCCGCUGUAAUGAUGGUUGUCUCGUCCACAGAAUCAAAUGCAUACGAUCAAGCUGCCUUGUUCGCCAGUCUUGUAUCGAGGCAUCCACAUAUUCCCGUUAUGAUACGCACAUUUGAGGACCUGAAGGCCACCACAGGUCGGUUGAAACUAGACGAUGAUUUGAGGUUGUUUGUCGAUGGAAGACAUGUGGGCGUGGUCUAUUUUCGUUUCGGGUAUGUUCCAGAUCAUUUUCCGAAUGAGGAGAUAUGGGACGUUAAGUACCAACUAGAACGGUCGAUGGCAAUCAAGUGUCCGUGUAUCCAGUAUAUGCUCGCCAAUACCAAACUGGUCCAAACUGCGCUCUCUAAACCCAGCGAACUCGCCAAAUUUAUAGAUCCCAGUGAACCCAGUUACAGCCAUAUCUUGUCCACCUUCGCCAAACAAUUCACCCUGACAGAUUCAUUUGGGCUGUUUGAUCAGGAGGAGGUGGAUCAAGUGAUCGAAAAUUGCCGCUCGGAUCCGCAUCUAUAUGUCCUCAAGCCACAGCGCGAGGGUGGAGGCAAUAAUUACUUCGAUAGUAUGUCUAAUUUUCAUUGCUUGCGAUGUAGUGUGCGUACAGAUGAACUGGUCACGAAACUAAACAGCUUGCUAGAGCAAGGGGAUCAUUUUUCCUAUAUAAUCAUGGAGCGGCUGUUUCCUUUUAUUGUGGAGAACUUCAUCCUCACCUCACCGGAUCCCACGAAGCGUCACGAGAUGGUUAGCGAGCUGGGAAUAUUUGGGGCGUUUAUCGGGCGUGGUGACGCAGUUCUACUGAACGAACAAUCUGGUCACCUACUUAGGACGAAACUGCUGCAGUCAAACGAAGGUGGGAUUGCCGCGGGUUACGGUUGUCUGGAUUCGCCUUUUCUCGUUUGACCUCCCCAAAAACGCUCAUUUUGUGAAGUUUUUCUCAGACACUUGUGAUUCAGUGGGAUUUUUUUGCCAGGCUGCUUCAGACAUUUCGCUGUUUUUUGACACAUCUGAUCAAUCCAAAUAUGGAUGUGCAUCCUGUUCACUUUUCAUUUGUCUGUCUGGUUGAGCCCAGCCCAAUGGGGACAGAUCUGUGUGAUUAUUCUUGUUAUUCGACAAUUCACUUUUCCAGGUAGUUCUUUACGACUGCGCCAAUAAAUUUAUUUUUUC